AUGAUUUUAAUUUCAGCUCAUAAAUGGUUUAAUUGCUUUAAAAAUGUUGUUGAUGUUGAGAGAUGUGUUAAUAGAACUUUAAAAUUAGGGAAUGUUCUUAGGAGUAGAGCUAUGAAUGAUUUCAAGUUUAGGAAUUGGUUAGGGGUUAAAGAUUUUAGGUUUAUUGGACCUGCUUUGCUAAUGAUCAAACAAAUUAUGCUGAAUAUGACUGAAUUUUGUAGGAUAGUUAUUACUAUAUGGAAUUAUCAUGGUGGACGCGUUGUAGGUAGGGUUGUUGGUUUUCAUCUUAAGGUCUAUCUAUAUAAGAUAAUUUUCAAUAGUAAUGGGAGCAAUUCUAUGGGUCGUGAUGUCCGAGGUAGGGUUGUUGAUUCUCAUCUUAAGGUCAUUGGAAUUUAUUCUCUUAGAUUUAUGGAUGGUUAUAUUUGUAGUGUUUCAUCUAAAACUAAUUCUCAGGCUACUAAUGAAGCUUGGAAGAUAUUUUCGGCUAAUAUUGAAAGACAGGUUGGAAGCAUAGCCACAUUAGGGAAUGUUCUUAUGAGUAGAGCUAUGAAUGAUUUCAAGUUUAGAAAUUGGUUAGGGGUUAAAGAUUUUAGGUUUAUUGGACCUACUUUGCUAAUGACCAAACAAAUUAUGUUGAAUAUGACUGAAUUUUGUAGGAUGAUUAGUACUAUAUGGAAUUAUCAUGGUGGAUGCGUUAUAGGUAGGGUUGUUGAUUCUCAUCUUAAGGUCAUUGCAAUUUAUUCUCUUAGAUUUAUGGAUGGUUCUGUUUGUAGUGUUUCAUCUAAAAUUAAUUCUCAGGCUACUAAUGAAACUUGGAAGGUGAGUUUUUAG